AUGGAAGAUACCUCCCAAGCAACGGACAUUGCAGAGAGAGAAAGUGCAAUCAAAUCACAAGAAGAUAAGUUGAAAGCGCGGUAUGGAAAUAUUGACCGGCGAAAAGGUUCGAUGCUCAUGAAAAAACUCAAAGGUUCUGGAAGAAAAUACUUUGACUCCGGCGACUACAACAUGGAAGUGGUGAAAAUGAGCAAGAAAGACCCUCGUCACAACCCCCUGGCACGAGUGAACAGUGUCGAGGGCCAACCUGCUGUGACAAAAAGCGCUGAUCUGCCGCAGAAAGUAAAACAACCGCUCAAACGUCAGAACUCGAAGCUUGUCGAACAUUCAACUUGA